AUGGCCGCGGUGGCGGGGCCGGGGGUCACCGGGGGGGUGGCGGCCAUCGCCGCGCUGUGGGUGACAGCCGUGGGGGCAGCCACGGGGCGCUGGUGCGAGCGGACGGUGCUGGUGACGGAGCAGGAGGAGGUGGCGCCGCGGCGCGAGGCCGCCGUUCCGUGUCCCAGUUUGUACCAGUACAGCCUGGCCGGGUGGCGGCUGGACCGGGACCGCACGCGCCGGGACCGCGGGAACUCCCCCGGGGACACCGGCACGGAGCCCGCCCUCUGCUACAUCUACCGCCCGCCGGAGGUGCAGCCGGUGGCCCGGAACCGCACGGAGCGGGGCUGCUGUCCCGGCUGGAGCGGCGCCCGCUGCACCGAGGGCCCCGGCUCCCUGGGCCGCUGUUUCAGCGCGUGGCAGUGCCAGGACAGCGCCAGCCACAACGGCAGCGCCAUGAGCCGCGCCGAGUGCUGCCAGCAGCCCUGGGGACACAGCUGGCGCCGCGGGGACGCCGGGGGGCCCUGCCUGCCCUGCACCCGCCUGCCCCUGGGCGGGGACGGGGGCUCCCCGCGCCACCGCAGCCCCCCGGCCGCCUGCCAGGCCUGGGCCGCGUCGCGCUUCCGCACCUUCGACGGGCGGCACUUCGGGGUCACCGGGAACUGCCGGUACAGCCUGGCCGCCGCCACCGACGGCACCUGGGACGUCACCAUCGGCCUGGCACCGCCCCGGGAGCUGCACAUGACCUUUGGGACGGACACGGUGGUGGCCCAGGGACGGAACGUGUCGGUGAAUGGGGCAGCAGUGCCAGAGGGACGCCCCUACCUGCACAAAGGGCUCGGUGUCACCUGGCCGGGUGACUGGGUGGCCGUGGCCAGCAGCCUGGGUGUGCGGGUGGCCUGGGACGGGCACCUGGCAGUGACAGUGACGGUGGAGCCCGAGCUGCGCGGUGGCACCUGGGGGCUCUGUGGCACCUACACCGACGACCCCGCCGAUGACUUCAUGCUCCCCGAUGGGGACAUCGCCGCCAUCGCCGCCACCUUUGGCAACGCCUGGAAGGUGCCGGCGGCCGGCACAGAGCCCCCGUGCAGGGACGUGCCCGAGGGCGGCCCCAGGUGCGGCGCAGGGGAGGUGGCGGCGGCGGUGGCCACGUGCGGGCGGCUGCUGGCCCAGCCCUUCCGGCAGUGCCACGGCGAGGUGGACCCCAGCGGGUUCUAUGCAGCGUGUGUGGCACUGCUGUGCGGGGACGGGGACCCCCUGCCACCCCCCGGUCCCAUGUCACCCCCCGGUGCCCUGCCACCCCCCGAUCCCAUGUCACCCCCCGGUCCCCUGUCACCCCCCGGUCCCCCGCCCCCCGCCGCCUGUGCCACGUUCGCCGCCUACGCCCGGGAGUGCUCCCGCCGCCAGCUCGAUGUCCCCUGGCGCCAUCCCGGCUUCUGCGAGCGCCGCUGCGAGGCGGGGCAGCGCUUCUCGGACUGCGUGUCGCUGUGCCCGCUCGCCUGUGUCACCGCGGGCGGCGCCGAGCCGGGCUCCUGCCAGCGCCACUGCCACGGCGGCUGCGAGUGCGGCCCGGGGCUGGCCCGGGACGGGCCGCGCUGUGUCCCCCCGGCCGCCUGCCCCUGCCACCACCGGCGACAGCGCUACGAGCCCGGCCAGAGCAUCCGCCAGCGCUGCAACCGCUGCACGUGCGAGGGUGGCCGCUGGCGCUGUGAGCAGCAGCGGUGCCCGGCCGAGUGCGCGGUGCUGGGGGGACGUCACUUUGUCACCUUCGACCGCCGCCGCUUCUCCCUGCCGGCCACCUGCGCACACACCCUGGUGGAGGACUUCGUGGCGGGGCGGCUGCUGAUCACAGCCGAGCACGAGCCGUGUGACAGCCACCUGGGCUGUCCCCGCAGCCUCACUGUCACCACCAGCCGCACCACGGCGCGGCUCCACGGCACAGGGGAAGUGACAGUGGCCGGGCGGGAGGUGACGCUGCCCUUCUCCGGUGCCGAGCUGAGCAUCCGCCGCGCGUCCUCGGCCUUCCUGCACCUGCAGCUGCCCGACGCGCACCUGCUCUGGGGCCUGGGGACCCCCGACAUCUUCAUCACCCUCCAGCCCGCCAUGGCUGGCACGGUGCGGGGGCUCUGCGGGACCUUCAACGGGGACCAGCGCGACGAGUUCACGACGCCGGAGGGGGACGUGGAGCCGGGAGUCGCCGCCUUCGCCAACGCCUUCCGGGCGGCCGGAGCGUGCCCGGCGCUGGGCCCCGGCAUUCCCGACCCCUGCGACGCCUUCCCCGGGAGCCGGGAGCGCGCCGAGGCCGCCUGCGCCGUGCUCUUGGGGCCGGCCUUCCAGCCGUGUCACCGCGCCGUGGACCCGGAGCCGUUCCUGGAGCUGUGCCGCUGGGACGUGUGCUCCUGCCGGGAACGGGAGCGGGAGCGGGAGCGGGAGCGGUGCCUGUGCCCUGCGCUGGGCGCCUACGGCCGGGAAUGCGCCCGGGAGGGAACCGAGCUGCAGUGGAGAAACCGGAGCCUCUGCGACGAGCCGUGUCCCGGGGGGCAGCAGUACCGGGACUGCGGGGGUCCCUGCGGCCGCUCCUGCUCGGAGCCCCCCGGAGCCAGUGACUGUCCCCCUCCGGACACCCUCUGUGUCCCCGGCUGUCGCUGUCCCCCGGGGCUGCUGCUGGCCCAGGGCGGGCAGUGUGUGCCCCCUGCCGCCUGCCCGUGUCCCCGCGGCGCCCGCCUGUACCCGCCCGGAGCCCGCAUCCGCCGCGGCUGCCAGGCCUGUGUGUGCGCGGGGGGGUCGUGGCGCUGCGCCCCCGCCCCGUGUCCCCCCGGCCCGCGCUGUCCCCCGGGGCUGCUGCACGCGCCCGGCUCCUGCCUGCGCCGCUGCGACCCCGCCGAGCCCGCCGGCUCCUGCGGCGGCCCCGCCGACGGCUGCGUGUGUCCCCCCGGCACCCUGUUCCUGGGCGGGCGCUGCGUGUCGCCGGACGAGUGUCCCUGUCACCACGGCGGGCAGCCGUACCCGCCCAACGCCACCAUCGCCCGCGACUGCAACACCUGCGUGUGCCGGGGCCAGCGGUGGCACUGCGGGCGCCAGGAGUGCGCGGGGACCUGCGUGGCCACGGGGGACCCGCACUAUGUCACCUUCGAUGGCCGCGCCUUCACCUUCGCGGGGGACUGCGAGUACCUGCUGGCCCGCGAGGCCACCGGGCUCUUCGCUGUCACCGCCGAGAAUGUCCCCUGCGGGGCCAGCGGCGUCACCUGCACCAAGUCCGUGGUGGUGGCCAUGGGCAACACCGUGGUGCACAUGCUGCGGGGACGAGAGGUGACAGUGAACGGGGUGGCCGUGAGACCCCCCAAGGUGUUCGGGGGCUCGGGGCUGGCGCUGCAGCGCGCGGGGCUCUUCCUGCUGCUCCUGACGCGCCUGGGGCUGGCCGUGCUCUGGGACGGAGGCACCCGCGUGUACGUGCGCGUGUCCCCGCGGCUGCGCGGCCGCCUGGCCGGGCUCUGCGGCAACUUCGACGGCGACGCCGAGAACGACUUCGGGAGCCGGGACGGGGCCCUCGAGGCCACCGCCGACAUCUUCGGGGACUCCUGGCGCCUCAGCCCGCUCUGCCCCGAGGCCGACGGCCACCGCCCGCACCCCUGCGAGGAGAGCCCCCAGCGCUCGGCCUGGGCACAGGCUCGCUGCGGGGUCCUGCGGCACCAGCUCUUCGCCCCCUGCCACGAGCUGGUGCCCCCCCAGCGCUUCUACGAGUGGUGCCUGUUCGACGCCUGCGGGUGUGACAGCGGCGGGGACUGCGAGUGCCUGUGCACGGCCCUGGCCGCCUACGCCGAGGAGUGCGGCCGGCGGGGGAGAGCCCUGCGCUGGCGGAGCCAGGGGCUGUGCCCCCCUCUGCCCCCCCCCAUCUCCGCAACCCUGCAGUGCGAGGGGGGGCAGGAGUACAGCCCCUGCGGGCCCCCCUGCCCCCCCACCUGCCGCGACCUCGGCCGGGAGCCCCCCGAGCUCUGCGGGGCCCUGGGCUGCCUCGAGGGCUGCUUCUGCCCCCCCGGGCGGGUCCUGCACGACGGGCUGUGCGUGGAGCCCCCCGCCUGCCCCUGCUUCUGGGACGGCUUCGCCUUCCCGGCCGGGGCCAGCGUGACCCAGGGCUGCAGCAACUGCACGUGCGUGGCGGGGCGCUGGCAGUGCCCGCCGAGCCCGGCCCCGUGCCCCGCCGCCCCGGGCUGUGCCCCGUGGGAGUUCCGCUGCCGGGCCGGGGGGCUCUGCGUGCCCGGCGCGUGGCUCUGCGACAACGAGGACGACUGCGGGGACGGCUCGGACGAGCUGUGCGACCCCCCCUGCGCCCCCCAGCAGCCCCGCUGCCCCGGCGGGCGCUGCCUGCCCUGGGGGGCGCGCUGCGACGGCGUCACGCACUGUCCCGACGGCUGGGACGAGGCCGGCUGUCCCCCCCGGGCCUGCGCGCCCCCCGAGUUCGCCUGUGCCGGGGGGCGCUGCCUCCCCCCCGCGCGGCUCUGCGACGGGCGCCUCGACUGUCCCCCCGGGGACGACUCGGACGAGGCGGGCUGCGCCCCCCGGUGCGGCCCGGGGCAGUUCCGGUGCGGGGGGGGCCGCUGUGUCCCCUACCCCCACCGCUGCGACGGCCGCGACGACUGCGGGGACGGCAGCGACGAGAGCGGCUGCGCCUGCCCCGAGGGGCACCUGCCGUGCCCCGGGGGGGGCUGCCAGCCCCCCGCCGCCAUCUGCGACGGCCGCCGCCACUGCCUCGACGGCGCCGACGAGGCCAACUGCCCCGCGCGGGCCACCUGCGCCCCCGGCACCGUCCCCUGCCCCGACGGCUCCUGCGUGGCGGAGGUCGCCGUGUGCGACGGCGCUCGCGACUGUCGCGACGGCUGGGACGAGAGCCCGGCGGGGUGCGCGGUGGCGCUGCCCCCCGCGCCGCUGUCACCUGUCACCGCUGUCACCGCCCCUGUCACCGCUGUCACCACCGACACUGCCAUCGCGGUCACCAGCGCCAUCGGCACUGUCGCCAGCACUGUCACUGUCAGUGACACUGACGCUGUCGCCGACGCCUCCCCCGACACCGCUACUGUCACCGCUACUGUCACCGCCGCUGUCACCGCCGCUGUCACCAACACUGUCACUGUCGCCGCCGCUGUGCCCGGCCCCGCCACCGCCUCGGCAGCGCCCUGCCCGCCCCGGUCCCUGCGCUGCGACAGCGGCGGGUGCGUCCCGCGGGGGUGGCGCUGCGAUGGCGACAGCGACUGUCCCGACGGCAGCGACGAGGGAGGCUGCGACCCCCCGUGCGCCCCCGGCCACCUGCCCUGCGACCCCCGCUGCGCCCCCGGCCGCGGCCCCUGCGGCCCCGCCUGUGUCCCCCCUCGCCGCCUCUGCGACGGCGUCCCCGACUGUCGCGACAGCGCCGAUGAGAGCCCCCGGCUGUGCGAGCCCCCCGGCCCCGGGAGCAGCCCGCGGGGUCCCUGCGCAGAGUUCGACUGCGGGGACGGGGAGUGUGUCACCUUCCAGCAGGUGUGUGACGGGCUGCGGGACUGCGCCUCGGCUGGGGACGAGCGGGGCUGCGGCCUCUGGGGGCCCUGGGGGCCCUGGGGGUCCUGCAGCCGCCCCUGCGGGCCCGGGGGGCAGCGCCGCGCCCGGGGGUGUCACCAGCGCCAGCCGGGGCUGCUGCGGGGCUGCCGGGGACCCCGCGAGCAGGAGAGACCCUGCUUCCACCGGGCCUGCCCGGUGGACGGCGCGUGGGGCCCGUGGGGGCCCUGGUCCGAGUGCCCGGGGGGCUGCGGGGGGGUCCGGCUGCGCAGCAGGGGGUGCCAGCCCCCCCAGAACGGCGGCCGCGCCUGCGAGGAGCUGCGCGGGGGGAGCCCCGGAGCGCUGGAGAUGGCCCCCUGUGCCCCGGGGGGCUGCCCCAACGCCUCGGAGUGCGCGGAGGGGCUGCGCCCCCUGCCCUGCGCCCCCUGCCCCGCCUCCUGCGCCGACCUGGCGGCCGCCGUCCCCUGCCCGCGACCCCCGCCCUGCCGCCCAGGGUGCUGGUGCCCGGCGGGGCAGGUGCUGGAGGCGCCCGAGGGCGGCGCGGGGCCCGCGGGGUGCGUGCGGCCGCGGCAGUGCCCGUGCCGGGCCGGGGGGCGCCGCUACCCCCCGGGCGCGCCGGUGCCGCUCGGCUGUCGCCUGUGCACCUGCCUCGAGGGACAGCUGCGACACUGCCGCCCCCACCCCGGCUGCUCAGUGGACUGCGGCUGGUCCUCGUGGUCGCCGUGGGGGCCGUGCGCGGGCGGCUGCGGGAGCGCCGGUGUGCAGUGGUCCUUCCGCAGCCCCUCGAACCCGGCCCGGCGCGGGGCCGGCCGCCACUGCCGCGGCAUCUACCGCAAGGCGCGACGGUGCCGCACGGCGCCGUGCCCGCGGUGCCGGGAGCGCGGCCGCUGGCGCGUCCCCGGCGAGCGCUGGCGGGGGGAGCCGUGCCAGCUGUGCCAGUGCCUGCCAGCCGGGGCUGUCCGCUGUGUCCCCUACUGUCCCCUGCGCGGCUGCCCCCAGGGCCAGGCGCUGCGGGAAGGAGACGGCGGCUCCUGCUGCACCUGCGGCCCCGCGGGUGACAAUGCCACGGCCACCCCGCCCGGCACGCCGACAGCGCUGUCCCCAGGUGGUGCCGAGGCCCCCGGCAGCCCCGGCCCCACGGCCCGGCCCGAGGGGCCCAGAGGCGUCGAGACCCCCCCGGAGUCCCCCAGCGCGGCCGGGGGCACCCCCAGAACCGCGACCCCGCCCGAGGACACCCCGAGCCCCCCCGAGGGCACCCCCAGAACCGCGACCCCGCCCGAGGACACCCCGAGCCCCCCCGAGCCGGAGCUGCCCUCGCUGGCUCCCAUGGGGGUCCCCGCCGCGCCCCCCCCAGGCUGCGCCCCCCCGCCCUGGGGGGGGUGGGGGUCCUGCAGCCGCUCCUGCGGGGUGGGGGUCGCUCUGCGGCGCAGGAGGGAGACCCUGCCCGGGGGGGGCUGCGACCACCGCCCCGACACCGGCACCGGCACCGGCACCGGCACCGGAACUGACACCGACACCGGCACCGACACCCGCGUGUGCUUCCUGCGAGCCUGCCCAGUCGCGGGCGGGUGGGCGCCCUGGGGCUCCUGGAGUUCCUGCGACGCCCCGUGCGGGGGGGGGCAGCAGAUUCGCCGCCGCAGCUGCAGCGACCCCCCCCCAAAAAACGGGGGGCGGCCGUGCGAGGGAGGGGCGCUGCAGAGCCGGCCCUGCAACCUGCGGCCCUGCGAGGACCCCCCAGCCUGCCCCCCCCAGGCGCUGCUGGUGCCCCCGGGGGGGUGCGAGGAUCUGGGGGUCCCCCCCUGCCCCCCCAGCUGCGCGGACCUGAGUGGGAACAGCUCGUGCCCAGGGGGCUGCCAGGAAGGCUGCCGGUGCCGGCCCGGGCUGGUGCUGCAGGGCAGCGGCUGCAUCGAGCCCAGUGCCUGCGGGGUCCCUGCGGGGGUGAUGGGGGUCCCCGGGAAUCGGGGCCCCCCUGAAUCCUGCGGGUGGUCGCGCUGGACCCCCUGGACCCGCUGUGACUGCGGCACCGGGACCCGGCAGCGCUUCAGGUCCCCCACCAACCCCGCGGCCGCUCCGGGCGGUGCCCCGUGCACCGGGACCCCCCGAGAGGAGCGGGGCUGUCCCGAGCUCUGCGGACCCGAGCCCGGGAGCGCGGGGCCGCCGGGGGCCACCGGGGCGGCCUGGCUGCGGGGGUCCCCACGGCCGCGGGGGGGCACGGAGACCCCGGAGACCCCGGAGACCCCGGAGACUCCAGAGAUCCCGGAGACCCCAGAGAUCCCGGAGAGCCCGGAGAUCCCAGAGAUCCCGGAGACCCCGGAGACCCCAGAGACCCCAGAGACCCUGGAGACCCCAGAGACCCCAGAGACCCCAGAGACCCCGGAGAGCCCGGAGACCCCAGAGAUCCCGGAGAGCCCGGAGAUCCCAGAGAUCCCGGAGACCCCGGAGACCCCAGGGUCGCCGUGGGCGCUGGAGCCGGCAUGGGGCACGGAGCUGCCUUGGGGCACGGAGCCGCUCUGGGUCCCGGAGCCCCCCGAGCUCCCCGAACCCCCAGAGUCCCCGGACGCCGCGCUCGGCCCGUGGUCGCCCUGGGGGGCCCCCCCGGCGCCGGUGCCGGCGCCCCCAUGGAGCGCGGAGCCCCCGGUGCCGGUGCCGGUGUCCCCAUGGAGCGCGGAGCCCCCGGUGCCGGUGUCCCCAUGGAGCGCGGAGCCCGCCCGGGCCCCCGAGGCGCCGGUGCCCGCCCGGUGGUCGCCGUGGGGGCCCUGGGGCGGCUGCAGCGCCCCGUGCGGGGGGGGCGAGCGCUGGCGCCGCCGGGGCUGCGGGACCCCCCCGUGCCCGGGGCCGGCACUGCAGAGCCAGAGCUGCCACAGCCACGUGUGCCGCGAGGCCGGCUGCCCCCCGGGCCGGACGUUCCGUGAGUGCGGGGGGGGCUCGGGGUGUCCCCGGAGCUGCGCCCACCUCGGGGGGGCCGUGGGGUGCGCGGGGGGGUGCCAGGAGGGCUGUCACUGCCCCCCCGGCACCUUCCUGCACCGCCACAGCUGCCUGCAGCCCCAGCAGUGCCCCUGCUCGGUGCCGGCCGCGCUGCUGGGGGGGGGCACGCCCGGGACCCCCCCCGGGACCGCCCCCGGCCCGGAGCCCUCCGGGACCCCCGCUGGGGACCCCCCGGUCGUGGAGCUGCCGCCGGGCGGGACCGUGAGCCUGGGCUGCGCCCGCUGCUCGUGCCUGUGGGGCCGCCUGCGCUGCGCCCCCCCCGGGGGCUCCGCCUGCAACGGGACCGGGACACCGAACUGCCCGAGUCCCCCGUGCGCCGCGGAGCCCGGCCCCACAGCGGACCUCAACCCCACUUCGGACCUCGGCUCCAUAUCAGAUCUCGGCCCCACAGCAGAGCCCGGACCCAUAUCGGAUCUCAGCCCCACACCAGAUCUCGGCCCCACAACGGAUCUUGGCUCUAUAACGGAUCUCGGCCCCACACCAGAUCUCAGCCCCAUAUCGGAUCUCAGCCCCAUAUCGGAUCUCAGCCCCACAGCCCCAGGGCCCGAGGAGGAGCCCGGGCUGUCCCCGGUGUCCCCGGCGGUGCCGUGGGGGCCGUGGGGGCCGUGGGGACCCUGCAGCCGGAGCUGCACCCGCCCCGAGAGCCCCGCGAGCCGCAGCCGCCGCCGGCACUGCGCGGGGGAGAGCUGCGGGGCUGGGGCGGGCACCGAGAGCCGGCCCUGCAACCUGCCCCACUGCGAGGCCCCCCCGUGUGUGACGCCCCCCUGCCCGUGCCGCUGGAGCCCCUGGGGUCUCUGGGGGUCGUGCUCGCGGCCCUGCGGGGGGGGGCAGCAGCGGCGGCUCCGCGCCUUCGCCCCCCCCGGGCCCGGGCAGCCCUGGUGCCCCCAGAUCCUGGGGGGCGGCCACGAGCAGCGCCGGCCGUGCGGGGUGACGGCGUGUCGGGUGAACGGCGCGUGGUCCCCGUGGGGUCCCUGGUCGCGCUGUGACGUCACGUGCGGGGGGGGCCGCUCCGUGCGCAGCCGCUCCUGCCCCGCCCCCGAGGGGGACCCCCCCCCCCAAACGGGGGCAGCUCGGUCUGCCCCCCCGGGUGGGUACGGGGGCACCGGCCCGCGGUGCCCCCCCGGGCAGACCGAGUCCCCCUGUGCCACGCGGUGCCCGCGGAGCUGCCGGGACCUGCAGGAGGGGGUGUCCUGCCAGGGGGGGGCUCCCUGCGAGCCCGGCUGCCGCUGCCCUCCCGGGACCCUGGAGCAGGACGGGGGCUGUGUCCCCCCCGCGCUGUGCGGCUGCCUGGACGCGGGGGGGCACCUCUGGGUGCCGGGGGGGGGCGGCCCCGCCCGGGGCUGCCGCAACUGCACCUGCGCGGGGGGGCGGCUGCGCUGCGGGCCGGGGGGCUGCCCGCCCCCCACCGCCACCCCCGGGACCCCCCCCGGGACCGCCCCGUGCGCCUGGAGCCGCUGGAGCCAAUGGGGACCCUGCAGUGUCACCUGCGGGGGGGGGCGGCAGCAGCGGUACAGGACCCCCAUCCCCCCCGAAGGCGGACCCUGCGGAGCCCCCCAGGAGCAGGCUCGGGGCUGCGAGGAGGCGCCGUGCCCCCCCCUGUGCCCCUGGGCGGGGGGCGAGCGGGCGCUGGGCGAGCGCUGGAGCCCCGGCCCGUGCCGCCUGUGCACCUGCACCCCCGAGGGACCCGAGUGCUGGGACACGCCGUGCGCGGCCGAGCCGUGUGACUGGAGCCCCUGGGGGCCCUGGGGACCCUGCAGCGGAGAUCCCUGCGCGGGGGGGUCCCGCCUGCGCCACCGGCACCCCCUGCACCCCGAGCCCCCCGGGCGGGCGUGCGCGGGGAUCCGCACCCAGAGCGAGAGCUGCGCCUCCAGCGCCUGCCCCGAGCCCCGGUGCGGCGGGGGGGGCCGGAGCCGCAGCCCCUGCGCCGGGCGCUGCCCCCGGAGCUGCGCGGACACCUGGGCGCCGGUGCAGUGUCUGCAGGGACCGUGCGAGACAGGGUGCCGGUGCCCCCCCGGGCAGCUGCUGCAGGACGGGCACUGCGUCCCCCUGAGCCGCUGCCGCUGCGGGACCCCCGGCGGGGACAGCGGGAGCCGCGAGGUGGCCCCGGGGACCGUGACCCGCGUCGGGUGUCACAACUGCACCUGCGAGAACGGGACCCUGACCUGCCCAGCGCUGCCGUGUCCCUCCCCGGAGCCCGCGACACCCGCCAUCCCCCUGUCCCCCGUGUCCUCCGUGUCCCCCGCACACCCCGUGUCCCCCCUGUCCCCCUCGCCCCCUCUCUCGGCCCUGCUCCCCCUCUCUCCCGAGCCCCCCCUGUCCCCCGCCGUGCCCCCCUGGUCCCCCUGGUCCCGCUGCUCCCGCAGCUGCGGCGGCGGCACCCGGAGGCGGCAGCGGCAGUGCCGGGAGGGCCCCGGGGCGGGGCCGCCGUGCGGGGAGAGCCCCGAGGAGGAGACGGCGGCGUGUAACGCCCAGGCGUGCCCCGGUGAGAGCGGGGACACCGGGGACACGGAGGGACCGGGGGAGCGGGAGAAAGGAGGGAACGGGAGAGGGAACGGAGGGAUCGGAGAACGGGAGAGGGAAGAGGGGUGGAGUGCCGUUCCCGGUGGCCCCAGGCUGCCCCCCGGGCGAGGUGUGGCUGGACCCCGGCCCCGCCUGCGAGCGCAGCUGCCAGGACCUGGCGGAGCCCCCCGGGACCUGCGGGGGGACCCCCGCGCCCCUCGGAACCUCCGGAUCCCCCGUGACCCCCGGGACUCCCGGGGCCCCGGACAGCUCCAGCACCCCCGCGGUCCCCACGACCCCCGCGACCCCCGGGACCCCCCCGCGCUGCGCCUGCGCCCCCGGGCGGUACCGGAACGGCUCCGGGCAGUGCGUGAGCGCGGGGAGCUGCGGCUGCCGGCACCGCGGGGCGCUGCGAGCGGUGAGCGGGGCGGGGGGCGCGGGCGGGGGUCCCUGACCCGCGGGCGGGGGUCCCUGAGCAAUGCGGGGGUCCCUGCCCCGCCGCAGGCCGGCAGCGAGUGGCAGGAGCCGUGCGGGACCUGUCGCUGCUCCGAGGGACGCGUCACCUGCGCCACCUCCUGCCCCGCGCUCACCUGCCCCGAGGGCGCGGAGCCGGUGCGGGAGCCCGGGAGCUGCUGCCCCGUGUGCCGGGACGAGUGGCCAGAGGAGCCCCCCGGGCCGUGCCGGCUCCUCACGGCGCUCCGGACCAUCGCCAAGGGCGCGUGUGUCCUGCGGGGCGUCCGCGUCACCUACUGCGCGGGGGCGUGCCGCUCCCGCACCGCCGUCAGCGCCCAGGAGCCGUACGUGCGGUCGCUGUGCGAGUGCUGCAGUUACCGGCUGGACCCGGCGCGGCCCGUGCGGGCCCUGCUGCUGCCGUGCCCCCGGGGCCGCCCCCGGCCCGCGCUGCUGCCCCGCAUCGCCCGGUGCCGCUGCGAGCCCUGCCGGGGGGGCUGGGGGGAUCCGACGGGGCUCGGGGGGCGCGGGGGGAUCCCGCCGGGGCUCUGUCGGGGACACGCGGCCCCCGAGUCGCUCAGAGCGCUGCGGGUGCAGGAGGGGCUGUCCCGGGGGUCCCGGGGGCUGCGGGGGCUCGGGGACAGCCGGAGCCUCCUGUCCCGCAGGCGGGGACUUCAGCCGGCGCUGAGGAGACCCCCGGACACCGCCCGGAUCGAGGAGACCCUCAUGGAUACCAAUAAACGAUCGAUAAUCCACGGAGCUCGAUAA